AUCGAUUGCCAAGUCAAUUGAAAUUCCCGGAGUAUCGAUACUAGAGGCUCCCGAUUCCCACCUCUAACUUACGUUUCACUGUGAUUGUCAUUCAGCCCUAAGAACUGGCAAAAUUGUUUAUUAUUUUCGGCAAGCAAAUGCUGGCAACAUGGUAAAUGUUAUGAAAGGAGUGCUGGUGGAGUGUGAUCCUGCUAUGAAACAAUUCCUGCUGCACUUGGACGAGAAACUGGCUCUGGGUCGCAAAUUCAUUAUCCAGGAUCUGGACGAGAACCAUUUGUUUAUCUCCACGGACAUCGUGGAAGUGUUGCAGGCGCGAGUGGACGAUUUGAUGGAUCGAAUAAGCUUCCCGCUGCACGACAAGGACGCCUAA